AUGGGAAAAAAAAAAUUAAUAAAAACAGUCCAUCUUGUUGAAGAAAAACCUCAAAUUUAACAAUCAACAAAUUUAUUAUAAGAUUCAUCAUCUGAUGAUUCAGAUGAAUAAGAAAAUAUCAAGGAGAAGUAUUCAAAAUUUUAAAUUAUUGAUGAAAAUAAACAAUAAUAGGGAUAACUAGAUCGUUAUUUUUCAAAACAAAAGUCUGCUUAAACCGUCCCUCAACCAAAAAAAUCAAAAGUUAUUGAAUUCAGAAUGGUAGAGGAAACAAAAUUACCUACCAAUUUAAAAGAGGAAGAGAAACGAGACGAUUAAUCUGAUGAAUUUGAUAGCGAUUUUGAUUUACCUACUAAGUUUUAACAUCUUGCCAAAAUUACUAGAGCAUCUACUAUUACUACCCAAGCUACUUAAAUAUCAAAGCCAUAACCUGAAGCUCAAAUAGUAGAAACUAAAAUUUACUAGCAAGAAUUUUAAAAUUAAUUUGAAUAAGAAAAUUUAUAAAUAAUUGAAGAAGAUUCUCAAAAUAACAUUCUAAAUAAACCAUUAUAAAGAAAUAAAUAUUUUGUAAUAGGAGAUUUUUAGAAAUAUCCAAGAGAAUAAAUUAGUUCAAUUAUUAAAUAUUAUGGAGGUUAUCUAAAUUUUAGAAUUAAUAAGGACACAAUUAUAAUUUUAGGGGAUACUCUUAAUAAAGACAUGAAAGAUAAAUAAUAUUUAUAAACUGCUGAAUCCUCAAAAUCCUUAAUACUUGAUUUUGAAGCUUUUAAUACUCAUUUAAAAAAAUAUGCAGGUAAUGAUUUAUUGAAAUCUUUUUAAUUGGCAUGUCAAGAUACUCUAUAAAAUGUAGCGCAAUAAUAAGUAUAAGAAUAAAAAGAACUGUAAUCAAAAUAAAAAACUAAUUAAAAUUAAUCUUCAUUAUCAAAAUCAUAACUAUAAUCUAAGUUACCUACUAAUUAAACUGUUUAGGAAGUUAACAGUAAUCUUAGAGCAAAAUUUGAGAGUGAAGUAGUUAUAAUUGAAAAAUAAGUUGAAUUGAAACCUGAAAUAGUUAAUUUUUCAAAAAAUAAAUAAAUUUAAAAAGAUCAAAAGAAAAUCUCCAAAAAUGAACAAAUAAUUAUUGAAGAAUCUAAACAAAAAUUUUAAUUAUGGACAAGUAAAUAUGCUCCUUCUAAAGUAUCAGACUGUCUUGAUUAAACACAUGUAUCAAAUAUUGUUAAAUGGUUAGAUAAGUGGGGAAAGACAUAAUUAGAAGGUAUUAUAUUUAAUUUAUAAUUAUAGUAUGUCCAGGCUCAUUUUAAUCUUAAAAUUUUGCUGCUAAAGCCCUUCUAUUAUCAGGUCCCCCUGGAAUAGGUAAAACAACUAUCAUUAGAUUAAUUGCAAAAUAAAAAUCUUAUUAAUUGAUUGAAUGGAAUGCCUCUGAUGUUAGAAGUAAACUUUAAAUUGAAAAUUAUGUUAAACAUCUAUAAGAUAACACAGUACUGAGAUUUAAAGAUGCUAAUUUAAUUAGUGAAGGCAAGACAAUUAUCUUAAUGGAUGAAGUAGAUGGAAUGACUGGUAGUGAUAGAGGAGGGAAUAAAUGUUUAAUUGAUAUGAUUAAAUUAACAAAGGUACCUAUUGUUUGCAUUUGCAAUGACAGAAACAAAUAAUCUAUGAGAUCUUUAGCCAAUUAUUGUUUAGAUUUAUAAUUUAAAAAACCAAAUCAAGUUGAAAUUUAAAAAAAAUUAGAAUUUAUAUGUAAGUCUGAGAAUAUAAAUUAUGAUCCUGCAGAAUUAAAAUAGUAAAUAGAAUACUCAUAAUGUGAUAUUAGAUAGUUGUUAAAUUUAUUAUAAAUGCAUAAAGUUGGUGUGAAAUUGCAUAUUGAUAAAAAUAUUGGAAAGGAUGGUUCAGUUACUACAAAUAUUUAUGAAUCUACUAGAAUUUUACUGAAUUACAAAGAUUCUUAACCAUUACCUAUUCACAAAUUAAUGGACUAUUAUUUUUAAGAUCCAGAUAUGACUCAAUUUUUUUAUCAUGAGAAUUAUUUAGACUUAAUUAAAAAGACUCCUUAAAAUUCAAUUUCAAAUAUUUCUAUAGCAGCUUCAUCAUUAGCAGAUGCCGAUGUUUUGAAUACAAAAGUAAGAUCAUAAAUGUGGGGAUUAAUGCCAAAUGUAGGAUUUUUAUCGACAAUGUAUCCUACUUAAAUAUUGAAAGGUAACUUAUUAUCAAAAGUGAAUUUUCCUUAAAUGCUUGGUAAAAUUUCUAGUGAGAAUAAAAUUAAGAGACAAAUACUAGAAGUGAAAGAAGCAUUUGCUUAAUAGACAUAUUUAACAAAUACUAAAGCAAUUAAAUUUUAAUAUAUUGAACCUUAUGCUUUUAUAAUCAUAUAAAGUUUGGCCAGUGCUGGUUUGAAUUGUAUUGAUGAAGUAGUAUCACUGUUAAGAAAUUAUAAUUUAAAUAUUUAAUAGUUUGAAGAAUGUAUAGUAGGUUCAUUGGCAUUGUUUCCUAAAAGAGAUUUAAUGACUGAAAUAACAUCAUAAGUCAAGAGUUCUUUAAAUAAAGUAAUGAAAUAAUCGAUGGAUUCUGCAGAUAGAUUUGGUAAAGAGAGGAGAGCAAUAUCAUCUAAUAUUAUUGUUAGGAAGACUCAAAAUACUGAAAAUGAUUUAAAUGAAGAAGUUAAUCAAGAAGAGGAAAUUGACGAAGAUGAAUAAAAAUAAAAAAAGAAUACUAAAUAAAAAAAUAAGAAUGUAAAAUAAUAGGAGAAACAUAAAAAUAAAUAAGAAAAGUAAGGUACUGAUAAAAAUAAAUAAAAAAAAAAAGGAAAAAAAUGA